AUGGCCACUGCGACUGAGAGUGCGCCGAGGAACCAAACCGUCGAGGGGUCAGAACCUUCAAUGGGUGCGAGGACCAUUCCAAUAAUUGCGCCUACGAUCCAGAUGUCUACGUCGCCAUCCCCGGGUGAGCCAAUGGAUAUCACCAGCCCAACGAGUACAAAUGUCGCGGCCGCGGCGACCAAGAGCCCAGAGCACGAUGUCAAGGCCAAUGGAGGGACUGGCGACCGCCUGCAACCACCGGCGCCGCAAAACGACGCAUCGUCCUCGGAAAACUCCAUGCCGGCACCAUCCGCGGCUGCGUCCGGCACCCACCAGCCCAAGGUCCAGACUGCCUUCAUUCACAAGUUAUGGAGCAUGUUGGAAGACCCCAAGAUACGGCACCUUAUCUCAUGGACAGAGAACUCGGACAGCUUCGUCAUCCAGCCGACCCACGAAUUCUCCAAAGUGCUAGCUCAGUACUUCAAGCACACAAAUAUCUCCUCCUUCGUACGGCAGCUCAAUAUGUAUGGGUUUCACAAAGUGAGCGACGUCUUCGCCCACGGCACGCCCGACGCGACCAUGUGGGAGUUCAAGCACGGCAACGGCAACUUCAAGCGGGGAGACAUGGUUGGCCUGCGCGAGAUCAGGCGGCGGGCGUCGCGCCAUGCUUUGGUGCACCGCGAGUACAACAACCAGAAGGCGCCGCCGUCGCAGCCUGGCACGCCGGCGGAGCCUAUGGCGCCCAUGCCGGAUGCGGCCAACCCGAGAAUCAGCAGCAUUGAGCACAGGCUGUACGAGAUGAGCACGCGGCUGCAGCGCUACGAAGAGAACGCGCAGUGCAUGCAGGUCAAGCACCAGGCCAUCAUGGACACGGUGGCCCGCUUGCUGCAAUUUAACCACGACCUGUCGCGCGCCGUUCUAGCCCUGGCUCCGACCCCUGACAACCCGAUACACCGGGACGUCUUAGCGUUACAGUCCGAAGUCCAGCGACAGAUGGACAUGUUCCGCACGCUGGACGAGCCUCACGAUACGAUGUUCGCCAGUACCCGUUCGUAUUUCGCAAACGUGGAGAAUGCACCGGUCUCGCCACGGCAGCUACCCCAAGAUGACCCCCGUAGGACCAAUCUCGCGGUGCCGCAGCCCCGGCAGCCAAACCACUACCGGCCGUCGGUGCCGUCCAACCUCUCAAUCAGCACCCGGCGCUCAUAUGGAUCAAUAGGCGGCAAUAGCACCCAAUCAUCGCCGUCAUCCAUCCGCGUCCAUGCGCCGCCGCCGCCGCCACCGGGGCCGCCGGGGCCGCACCCUCUGGCAAAUGUCGAGCUGCCGCCCGGCAGCCUCGCGCGCCGUCAUACCUCGGCUGACAUCCGUGCACACGGCUGGCAGCCCAACCCGCCUCCCUUCGCGUCCGGGCCGCCUUCCUCACACUGGCCGUCGUCGCCGAGCCGUCUUCCCAUCCCCGACGACCAGCUGCGGUUCCGCGGCGACUCGUUCUCUCAAUACUCCCUGAACGUGCCGUCACAGCCCCACUCGCGACCGGCCACGCCUCCGCUGCCGCACCUGUCCAACGGGGGCCCGCCGCCCUCGAUGGACACGUUUGGCAGCUGGUCGUGGAACUCGGCCAACCGCAGCGACAACCGGAAUCUCAUGGUCAAGGACCACUCGGCGCCGCCCACCAGGCGGGGCAGCAUGGCGCACAUCCUGAACCCGACCGACACGGCCGAGAGACCGGAUGAGGACAGCUUAGACCCGAGGGGCGACGACGACCGGAAGCGGAAGAGGUUGCAAUGA